CAACCCUAUCGCGCGGUACCACCCGGUACUCCGCAAACCGCUAGGCUCUCACUUGACUGUAUAGCUGUCGUAGUGAGAUGCUGGAGAUGCGUAUAUAUGUGAAUAAUUGCGGUUGUCAGUUUCCGUCAGAUAGUAUCCGUCCUGAGUAUAAGUAGUAUACGUCCAGUAAUGUAUAAUUUCGGAUACGCUGUCAGUAUGUACCAUUUUAACGUGUUCGGUAAUAAAUAAGUUUUAUAGUCGUUAUCGUUCGUGUUAAUUAUUUUCUUUGUACUGAUGACCCGCAUCUAGUACCGGGGUCGUCCAGAUACAAAAGUGGCGACGAGUAUUCGCGUGUGUAGUUAGUUUUCUUGUACCGAAAAGAAAACCUAACCAAACAUUCCGUCUCCCACGCGGAAGAAACGAAAGUGGAGUGAGAUGGCUGAUAACGGUAGUGAUCAGAACGGACAGAAUGGUGUUGACCCCCCGGGAGAGUUAAAUCAGCGACAGCAGUUGAACCUGCCGAUUAAUCCCGCGCCGGCGGCCCGCCAGCAGCAGCAAAUUUUUGCUCCCGUUGUGACGUCACAUCAACAGCAGCAGCCGUUCAUUCCAGUGUCUGUUUCGCAGCAGCAGCAAUUGCCAACCAUUCCACCUCAUCAAUCACAAUCACAGGCUAGUGGAAAUAUGAUGAUGCAAAUAAUGCAGAUGAUGCAGCAGACGAUGGCACAAAGUCAGCUUCAACACCAGCAGUUAAUGGCUCAGCUGGUACACCGACAGCAACAAUCUGAUGAGCAGCAACAACAGUUCCUUCGCAGUAUCGCAUCGUCGAUUAAUGUUCAAGUGCCACCAAAUCCGGAACAGUUACUUGAUUCUUUGGCCAGCAACAUUAAGGAAUUCCGGUACGAUGCUGAAAAUAAUGCAACCUUUGCAGUGUGGUACUCCAGAUACGAUGAUCUUUUCGAGAAGGAUGCUGCUAGGUUAGACGACGAAGCAAAAGUUCGUUUGCUUAUGCGAAAGUUGGGUUUAGCAGAGCAUGAAAGGUACGUGAGUUACAUUUUACCCAAACUGCCAAAAGAUUUCAGCUUCGUCCAGACAGUGAACAAGCUUAAGAGUCUGUUUGGAGCGAAAGAAUCGGUUAUUAGUCGCCGUUACCGAUGUCUGCAAAUAACGAAGAAUCCUACUGAGGAUCACGUAGCAUUUGCCUGCCGUGUAAACAAAGCUUGUGUGGAAUUUGAGCUGGGAAGGCUCACCGAGGAGCAGUUCAAAUGCUUGGUGUAUGUGUGUGGACUGAAAUCCGAGAGUGAUGUUGAGAUACGUACCCGUCUCCUCACCAAAAUCGAAGACAGUAAUGACGUUACCUUGGAGCAGCUCUCAGAAGAGUGUCAGCGCAUAUUCAAUCUUAAACAUGACAGCGCCAUGAUUGAAUCGCAGACUCCGUAUGGUCAGGUACAAUCAAUUAGAAAGUUUGGUGGAAAGCGGUUCGGCAAGCGUGACCGAGAGCAAUCAAAACGUCUUUCUUCUAAUGCCGUCAAGAAGCCAAGUUACCCGUGUUGGCUUUGUGGUUCGUUACACUACAGUCAGGAUUGUAGUUAUAAAAAUCACAAAUGUUCCGAUUGUGGUUCUUUUGGACAUCGUGAAGGGUACUGCGAUAGUGCCAAAUCCAGGAAACCCAGAAGCAGGCGUAAGAAACGUGAUGUAUCAUCGAAGGUGGUAGUAGUUGAUGUUUGUAGUGUGCAGCAACGACGCAGAUUUGUUUCCGUUGCAGUGUCCGGAAUAGACAUUCGACUGCAACUCGACACCGCUUCUGACAUCACAGUAAUCAGUAAGGACAUUUGGAAGAAACUUGGCAGCCCUGCCUUAUCUCCUGCGACAGUGAAGGCAAGAACAGCAUCUGGUAGCAUCUUGAAGCUCGACGGUGAAUUCGAAUCUGAUGUCACUAUUGGAAAGUGCACUCGACGUGAACUAAUCCGUGUCACUGAAAAACAACUUCAUUUACUUGGCACUGAUAUGGUCGACAGUUUCAACCUUUGGUCCGUACCCAUGGACACUUUUUGUUGUCAUGUGUUAAGCUCUCCGACAUCAACUAGCACACUCAAAACCAUGUUUCCUAAGGUUUUCAACGAUCAGUUAGGUUUAUGCUGUAAAACAAAAAUCAAGCUGGAACUGAAGGAAAAUGUUCGUCCCAUUUUCUGCCCGAAACGUCCUGUGGCUUACGCAAUGUAUGAUGCCGUUGACCGGGAACUAGAGCGUUUGCAAAAACUUAACAUCAUCACGUCGGUUGAAUAUUCGGAGUGGGCCGCUCCGAUCGUCGUCGUCCGCAAAGCUAACGGAUCUAUACGAAUUUGUGGAGAUUAUUCCACUGGAUUGAAUGCAGCUCUUCAACCGAAUCAGUAUCCACUUCCAUUGCCGGAUGAUAUUUUCGCCAAGCUGGCUAAUUGUCAGGUAUUCAGCCAGAUUGAUUUAUCCGACGCUUUCCUACAGGUGGAAGUCGAUGAGCGGUACCGUAAGUUGCUCACUAUCAAUACACAUCGUGGUCUCUAUUCUUACAACCGCCUACCGCCUGGUGUAAAAGUUGCACCUGGUGCGUUUCAACAAAUCAUAGACACAAUGCUAGCUGGUCUAGAAUGCACCUGUGGCUAUCUUGAUGACGUCAUAGUUGGUGGUCAAAAUGUAGAGAAACAUGAUCGUAACUUACAAGCAGUCUUGAAGCGAAUCCAAGAUUUCGGUUUCACCAUACGAGUUGAUAAAUGUGCAUUCCGUAAGCAGCAAGUACAGUAUGUGGGACACGUCAUCGAUAGUCGUGGUUUACGUCCGGAUCCAGCCAAGAUUGAGGCGAUAUCCAAGAUGCCCCAUCCUACUGAUGUAUCCGGCGUGCGAUCUUUUCUCGGUGCUAUCAACUAUUAUGGGAAGUUCGUGCCCAACAUGAGAGAGUUACGUUUUCCGCUUGAUAAUCUUCUGAAAUCUGAUGCUAAGUUUCAGUGGACACCUGAAUGUCAGAAAGCGUUCGAGCAAUUUAAGAGAAUUCUCUCCUCGGAUCUACUUCUUACGCAUUAUGAUCCUAAGCGUGAGAUGAUCGUAUCGGCCGACGCUUCUUCCGUUGGUCUAGGCGCUACGAUUAGUCACAAGUUUCCUGAUGGCACAAUUAAGGUCGUUCAACACGCUUCCAGAGCGCUAACGAAAACCGAGCAGAAUUACAGUCAACCGGAUCGUGAGGGUUUAGCCAUCAUAUUCGCCGUUACGAAAUUCCAUAAAAUGCUUUUUGGAAGGCAUUUUCGGUUGCAAACCGAUCAUCAACCGUUGCUUCGCAUCUUCGGAUCUAAGAAGGGAAUUCCGAUCUACACCGCUAACCGUCUUCAACGUUUCGCGCUGAACCUCCUGCUCUACGAUUUCGACAUUGAAUAUGUCCCCACUCACAAGUUUGGUAAUGCCGAUUUAUUGUCACGUUUGAUCAAUCAGUACGUCAAGCCUGAAGAGGAUUAUGUCAUCGCGAGCCUCAACCUAGAAGAGGAUCUCAGGUCAGUCGUAUCGAAUGCGGUUAAAGUGUUACCUCUAAAUUUCAGAACCAUCGCACAAAGCACACAAGCAGAUCCAGUUCUUCGAAAGGUAUAUCAUUACAUUCAAAACGGUUGGCCCCAUAGCAAAUUGUCGGGAUCAGACAUUCUACGAUUCCACGUCAGACAGGAAUCACUUUCUGUGGUAGAUGGUUGUAUCAUGGUUUCAGAGCGACUCGUCAUUCCGUCGCAGCACCGUAAACGAUGUCUAGAACAACUCCAUCUGGGUCACCCCGGAAUGCAACGUAUGAAAGCUCUAGCUCGAAGCUAUGUGUACUGGCCCGGUGUGGAUUCAGAUAUCGUCAAUUUUGUCAAAGCGUGCCACCAGUGUGCUUCCGUAGCCAGAUCACCUCCGCAUGCUCCACCAGUAUCGUGGUCCAAGCCGACCGCUCCGUGGCAGCGGGUUCAUAUCGACUACGCAGGACCAAUCGAAGGCGAUCAUUAUCUGAUUGUCGUCGAUGCUUUUACCAAGUGGCCUGAGAUCAUCCAAACGAACCGUAUAACGUCAGUGGCAACCAUCAGCAUUCUUCGUAGUUUGUUUGCUAGAUUCGGUAUGCCAGUUACAAUAGUUAGCGACAACGGUUCUCAAUUUACAAGCGCCGAAUUUCUCGAUUUCUGUAUCUCCAACGGAAUCGAUCAUAUUACAACAGCACCGUUUCAUCCACAAUCAAACGGCCAAGCGGAACGAUUUGUGGACACAUUUAAAAGAGCCGUGAAGAAAAUUCGAGAGGAGAGAGGAUCGAUACAACAUGCAUUGGAUAUUUUCUUGCUUACGUACCGAAGCACGCCCAACCGAGCCUUACCAGACAAUAUUUCGCCAUCCGAAGCAAUGUUCGGUCGAAGGAUUCGCACGUGUCUUGAGCUCCUGCGUCCUCCGCCGCUACAUCCACCAGUGUCAACAUUCGAAAAUCCUAGACAACCUAGAUGCUUCAAUCGUAACGACUCAGUUUAUGCCAAGCUACAUAGUCGUAACGGAUGGAAGUGGGCUCCAGGAACAAUCGUUGAGAAAAUCGGAGAUGUUAUGUAUAAUGUGUGGAUUGAAGAUCGCAGAAUGCUACGCUCACAUGUUAACCAGCUUCGAAGUCGUCUGUCUGGGGGUAUGGAAAUGAAAGGACUCGUAGAGCAAACCACAUCUCAUCAGUCUCCGUUGCCGCUCGAUAUUCUGUUGAAUGCUUGGAAUCUAACUAGGCAGUCGUCGGUUGCUGGAACAUCAUCGGUUGACCCGAGUGUUACCGCAUCGUCACCUACAUUAACACCUUACUCUAGUCCUGAGCAUGUUCCAUUGGGUUCGACGCCGGCUCGUGCGACAUCUACGCCUCAACACGAUGUUGCAACAAGUUCGUCUAUGUCAUCGUCAUCAGCAUCGAGUGACACACCAGCGUUACCGUCUUCAUCAACAUCGACUGAAUUCGAGUCAGCCAUCGAAGUGGAGUCUGUGGUAGAUCUUCCUAGGCGUUCUUCUCGUGCAAGAAGACAGCCUCACAGGUUCGAUCCCUACCACCUUUAUUAAGAGGGGAGAUGUUGAGGACAACCCUAUCGCGCGGUACCACCCGGUACUCCGCAAACCGCUAGGCUCUCACUUGACUGUAUAGCUGUCGUAGUGAGAUGCUGGAGAUGCGUAUAUAUGUGAAUAAUUGCGGUUGUCAGUUUCCGUCAGAUAGUAUCCGUCCUGAGUAUAAGUAGUAUACGUCCAGUAAUGUAUAAUUUCGGAUACGCUGUCAGUAUGUACCAUUUUAACGUGUUCGGUAAUAAAUAAGUUUUAUAGUCGUUAUCGUUCGUGUUAAUUAUUUUCUUUGUACUGAUGACCCGCAUCUAGUACCGGGGUCGUC